UGACGAAAGAUAUAGGUUGAUCCACUCACAUGGCCAAAACUGGUCGAGGUAUUCAAGUCGGACUUUCAUGGAUUCCAGCAAGGAAUGGUCGUAUACCUAAAAAUGCAGUUUGUGUUCCAUUUUAUUACUAUGUAGCUCGUUGCAAGCAUGGCGGUCACUGGGUUCCUGGAAAUGCUGUUGAAGGAUAUAAAGUAUGUUAUUAUGCAGACGAUGGUAAACAGCUAAGCAGCAAAGAAUUUGAACUUUUGUGCGAAACUGGUAUCUCGGAUACAAAAGAGUGUUAUGAGUGGAUACCAGACAGUGAUGGAAAAGUGCCAAAAAAUGCUAUAGUUGCAGGAAUGAAAGGUGAUAAGGCAUUAUAUAUUGUUAAAGCUAUGAUAAAUUGUGAACCAUCUAUUGGCAAAUUGCAAGAAGGUGACAAAUAUGCCUGUUUCACAUGGACAGGAGGAAAAGUGGAAGAACAUAGAGCGAAUCAAUAUGACGUCUUAGUUUUCAAACAGGAGUGAGCUGAAAUGCUGUAGAUUCUGAAAUUCAAAUAUAUUCUUUACUUUUUAAUUUGCAUAAUACAGGGACAGAAUGAUUUGGAAAAACUAAUAAGCUGAUUUGUUUUCUGAAUAAAAGUUUUACAAAA